CUUAAGAAAAAAAAAUACAAAAACAAAACUAAAGCUAGCUUUCAAAAACUCUCUCUCUUUUUUACUCCACCUUCCCUUCUCACAGUUCCAAUCUCAGCUCGAACCGUAGGGUCGAAUUCAGCUCAGGAUUCGAUCCUAUCGGUUUUUCUUCCGAGGUCUUAAGCCAAGGACAAGGCAAACCAACCCAACAAGCUGAUGGAGAAGGUAAUGAGAUUGGCAUCAGAGAAAGGGGUGGUGAUCUUCAGCAAGAGCUCAUGUUGCCUUUGCUAUGCUGUCAAAAUUUUGUUCCAAGAGCUGAGGGUCAACCCCGGGGUUUAUGAGCUGGACCAAGACCCUGAAGGGAGGGAAAUGGAGAAGGCCCUCACAAGGCUCGGGUGCAACGCCCCGGUGCCAGCCGUCUUCAUCGACGGCAAGCUCGUGGGGUCCACCAAUGAAGUCAUGUCACUCCACCUAAGUGGCAACCUCAUUCCUCUGCUCAAGCCUUACCAGAAUCUGUCUUAAUUACCAAUUUGAGUCCCAUAUCACGUUGGCAAAAGAAGGAAAAAUAAGUUGGCUCAAAAAUAAUUAGUUUGUGACUUUGUGGUUAGCUAGUAAAUUAGUCAGCUUUGUGUUAUAUAUAUAUAUAUAUAUAUAUGUUAAUGUACUGGUUUAUCUGUGCUCUCAAGUAAUGUACUGUAGCAUUUAAAUUAGCUGUAUUGUUGUCGUAGGUUGUAAUCUGU